AUGGCAGACAGAGACACGGCUGCAAACCAACUGGAGGAGUUUAAACGGACUCAAUGGAGCCCAGACACAUUGACGACCGGUAUCGGCUCCCCGGUGGGUGACAAAAACGCCUCAAUGACUGUGGGACCUCGUGGGCCCCUUUUGAUGCAGGAUUUCGUAUACACUGAUGAGAUGGCACACUUCAAUAGGGAGAGGAUCCCAGAGAGGGUGGUGCAUGCGAAAGGGGGAGGUGCUCAUGGAUACUUUGAGUGCACACACGAUGUCACCAGGUACACAAAACUCAAGCCUUUUGAGUUUGUUGGCAAGAAGACGCCGUUGUUUGUUCGAUUUUCGACUGUUGGUGAGUUGAGCAAAAACCUUGAAAUAUACGUGUAA